CGCGAGGGAAGAUGGCGACGCUGAAGGAGGAGCAGAGCUAUGGGCUCUCCUGUGGCAAACUCAGCUCGGGUAGCAAUGUAUCGGUGUUUCACGUGAAGCUCACAGACACUGCACUGCGUGCCCUCGAGGCCUACCAGAACUGUAAGGGUAAACUUUCCUGCCAGCCAGCUAUACGCUUCGAAGGAAAUCAAGGGCAAAUCACCAUUCCAAGGGCAGAUAGCCCGAAUGAUGUGCGGACAUUCACGUUUUACCUCUGCAGUGUUGGAAGGGAUAAUCCUCAAUGCAGUUUUGACUGUAUUCAGCAGUACCAAUCCAGGUCUGGGAAUGUGCAGUUGGACUGUCUUGGAGGCAUACAGGAUAAAAUCACUGUGUGUGCAACUGAUGACUCAUACCAAAUGACCAGGGAACGUAUGACUCAAGCAGAAGAGGAGACUCGAAGCCGGGGAGCAAUAGUUAUUAAACCCGGAGGUCCAAUCAGAGGUAGGAAUAUCCUGGAUCUGUCACUAAUCCUGUCCACUGCUUUGUUUUGUGAUGAGCAAGUUUUAAGGCUUCUUCAUAGUGUUCUCCCAGUCACAUUUCACAGUUCAAGUGGUGGCUACUGGAUAUUGUUGUUUUCAGGCACUCUUCUGAAAGCUAUGCACAAACAACAUCCAUCCUUUUGCCUCUUCCUGGAGAUGACAAUAUUCCCUGAUUAUAUUCAUUUUACCUGGAAAUCUUAUCAACUGCACAAUUCUGGAGAGACACCUUCAUCAAGUCCAAAAGACUGCACAGCUUCAGCCUCCCCACCACAGAAACGGCCCGUACCUAAUGAUUUCAUCGAUCCACUGGCCAAUAAGAAAACCAGGAUAUCUCUUUUGACCAGUCGAGUUCCUCCAACCUUGAAUGGCAGGUUAAAUCCUUCUAAUGGGAAAGAGGCAGCAGCUCCCACCGUUGAAUCAGCUGCUCCUGACUCUAGAAGCGCAUCUUCCACCUUGCCGAUGCUGGGGGAUGUUCAGCGAUCUCAUGAACCUCUCUUGGACGCUAGCAAUGAUUCUAUCCAGAAUGGCAGGGGUUGUGAAGUCCCGGGGGCCUCAGAGAGGCCUGGUUGUCCAUUCCCUUCGCAUUUGUCUCAUCCGAGCGCGUCAAGCACUUCUUUAUCUCACCUGAGGUCAAGAAAAAAAUCUAAAAAGCACAAAGAUAAGGAGCGAAUAAGGGAGAAGGAUGGAGUUGAGGAGGAUUGUGGAGAACGAGAAAGAAAUUCUGAUUUUCUUCAAAGCUGCAGGGAGCAGAAAAAAGAUUCUGUACCGAAACCUGCAGGCUUGAACGGGAUGUGCAACAGCUCCAGUGUUCCGGAUUCAACAUCGAAUGUGCCUGAUUAUUUACUUAAAUAUGCAGCAAUUACGUCACAAGAGCAGAGGCAAGGUUAUAAAACCGAUUUCAAUGCAGAGUAUAGUGAGUACAGAGACCUGCACUCCAGGAUAGAGAGCAUCACCAGGCGAUUCACACAGUUGGACGCUGAACUGAAACAACUUUCACCGGGGACUGCUGACUACAAGAGCAUCCAUGAUCAAAUUUUACAGGAAUAUCGUAAAAUUAAAAAGACAAAUCCCAACUACAGCCAAGAGAAGUACCGCUGUGAAUAUCUGCACAACAAACUGGCUCACAUUAAGAAACUAAUAGCAGAGUAUGACCAGAAGCAAUUUCAAUCCUGGCGUUAGCCCAUCUUAGUUACCAUUGUGUGUGAGAGAGAGAGAGAGAGAGAGAGGGGAGCGUGACGGCAAACAAUUGCAUCUAAUUAUGUUUCCAGCUUCUCCUGUGUGUCUGCUUCAAGAAGAUGAAACUGCAGCAUAUUCAAAAUAUACAUUUAAUAAAUCAAAAUUUAAGGCUUCAUUUGCGUAGAACUUCAGAUGUUCAUGUGAUAUCUGGGAGUACAGUUACACCUUUAAAACAGAAUAAACAAGUUUGCUGGUUCAGCUGCUCUAUGUUGAAAUGUCCUGAAGGCCAAGACCAAAGUGAGGGCUUACUCCUGGAAGGUGCUACAGAGUAAUCAGGGAGACAUCACAGAAGCUGGAGACAGACCAUCCUCAAUAUCAAUCAGCACUAUGUGCAAAAUGUAAACUGUUCCAGAACCAAUUCAAAACCACCUGAUACUGGGAAGUAUACUGCUGGGAAAGCAUUGCAAUGCAAAGCAUUCUGUGACUUCCCCACAAAAAGUAAUGUUUACAUUCUUAAAAUUAUUACUUACUCAGUAAGUGGUCAUUUACCCAUUAAAGAAAGCUGGAAAUCAUUUAAUAUUACACCAGUUAAGACUUCAGCCCCUACUAUACCGAGCUUUUCAAUGUUAUUAUCUCUGGAUAUAGAAGUGCCCAGUACUGCUUUCUAUGUUAGAAAUUUCUUGCUGCUUUCCAUUUUAGAUACUUCUGCACCUAAAGAAUUCAUUGAUAGAGCUUCUAACUAAGCUUUAAACUAUAUAUAUCUAUCUGACGUUCGAAUUUCCUGUGACCAAACAUGCUUUGAUUACUAAACAUCACUAAUGUAGGGCUCUUGGUAACACUGGAAAAUUUUCCAAAUGCAACAUUAGUUUUCCACAAUUACUGGUUGGGCCGGUUGUCGAUGCUCAUUCCAUUCUACCAUCAUCAUUUACUGUGAAAGUCGACAUAUGCCUAGUUUAUUUAACCUUUCCUCACGUUGAUGUUAACUGCCUGGAACCAGUACUAUGCUGCAAGAGGCUCAUGCCAGGAUGGAAACAGAUUCCCUGAAAUAGCCCUGUUCUCAACAGCCUUCACUAGGCAAUACGAUCAGUGGCAUUCUGCCUGACUGAUAAUCACAGAAGCAGCCACGCUAUGCCAACCAGAACCUGACCAUCUAAUUUGAGCCGGUGGGAUUGACUCCAUGUUGGCUUUUGGUUUGAUCAUCCAAGAUUUUUAAAAAUGACAAUUCCUUUGGCUUGGGCUAGCUCACACCUUAGUCUGAAAUGCAUUAACCAUGUUUUAGCAGGUGCACAUUUGUGGGAGUUCUGUCAGAUAUUGUCAGUAGAGAGGAGGUACCCUGGAAGGUGAUGGUCACAGCUGGUGUGGAAAGUACUGGUUCUUGCACUUGUGUCAGGUGUAGAGUGGCCAGUUGGGUUUUAAUGUUCUACCCAAGUAGAUUACAGUGCCAGUACCCAAUAACAAUAUCUGUAUUUGGAUAAUAAAUGUUUGGUGUUUCACUGUGAACUCCUACUGCCUGCACAAAAGUCAGACUUGGUCAGUCAAUCACCCCCUUUAAGCUGUGAUUCAAUGAUAUCAUGAAUUUGGAAAGCAUCUUUCCAGAUUCCUGGGAUGGGAGAGCAUGUACAGACCCUAGGGAAAAGUGACCCUCGGGAAAAGCUUACAGUCAAAAAAUGUUUGCUGCAGGAUUCAGUUUCUGAACUCAAACAUGUUUCUCAUCUCUACCAUCAACCUUGAAUAUAGAAUCCUAUUCUAUUCAAUAAAUAGGACUUAAGCCUCUUCAGUACUGCUGAUUAAUGAGGAGGGGCAAUGUUUUCUGAUUAUUUCAAUCAGCAGUGAAAUUAAAACUCAAAUCUGAAUAUUCAACUCCCGACCAUAGUCUGUGUUUAAGCAAUUAACAGCUUUCAUUUCAAAGAAAUUUUUUACUUAAAAUAAAAUUCUGGAAGAAAGGAUUAUAAAAUCUCAAACCUCUGAGGAGAGUUCCCUGUCUGUAAACAACAGCCUGAAUAGCUCUGUAGACACUGGGAAUGAAGAGUUGGGAGAAAGGGGACAGAGGGUCAAUGAAUGUAGCUUCUCAGUUACCUACAGCUGCAGUGAAUGCAGUAGGAUCUCAAGGAAUCUACUUUUUCUCUGACCGACCAGAGAUCCAUUCAAAACUUUUAGAAAAUAGAUAGCAGGAUGAAAUAGAUGAAUACUGUUUCCUUAUUGUCUGCAUGAAUCCCAUCUCCUAAAUACACAGACCAGCCUGAACAAUAUUUGGGAUGAAAGCGAGUUAGCACUGAAUGUAGUUCGUGAUUGUGUCCCUCAGGUUACUCACUGCAAUGAAGUAUAGAGCUGGAAAUUUUUUUUGCUCCAAUAAUGAAAUUGUUAACUGUAGUUCUUACACACCUCAAAUACAUAUUCUUCAAUGGGCUUUUCUGACAAGUGUAAUAUGCAUGUGUGGGCAUGUCUGGGACUCAGAGAAAAGUACAGCAAUUACAAAGUAGCAGAAAGUGGAAGGCUUAAGAAAAAGAAUUUGAAAUUGUUGGUUAAAUUGCUUGUUUACUCAAUCUCUGGUACUAGACCUGGGUGCUGCCUGCUAAAUAAAAUAGAUUUUUUAAUUAUCUUUCUUGUCUAUUACACAAGCUUGGACUAGCUCGGGCAUAAAAAGAAGAUAAACUAAAAGGAGGAAGAUAUGUAAAGACCUAAGAUGGGCAAUUAUCUAACACUUGAUUCCAUUCAGGUCUCUAACAGUUCUUCUAGAUAUUUCAAACUGUAAGAGUGUUCCUCGUCUUACUGUAGAGUGCUCAUUGUGAUGAAUAAAAAAAAAUCUUUUCUCAGACAUUUAAAUUAAACUAAAUGUCCCUUUGUCAAUGCUUCAAUCCAGCAUCCAUAGAAAAGCUGAUGGGUCUUCUUCUGGGAUGGGGGAAAGAAAGACUCGUAUCAAGAGGAAAGGUAGGAUAGAUAAUGGUGUUGAUGUCAGCAUCUAUUGUAUGGGACACGAACUAAAACAGAGAUAUGAGACAGCAGCCAUUAGCUGCCCAUAAAAAGUAUACAAUGGAAAUCACAGCUUUGAAGAAAGGUGGAAACACCAGAAUUUUAGACUAUGGUUAUCAUUAUAACCACCUGCCUCACUGUGACAGGACCUCAAGAAGAAAGGGGAGAAACAUAACACCAAAUUCUUACUUCAGAUGACGAGGAUCUAAACACCAAUCCAUCCCUUACAUGAAAUACAAGGGAUUAAAAUGACCCAUGUGGGCACUGAUGUACUUACAGUAACUCAACACAUAUUUUCUUUAGUAUGGGUCCCACUUUGUAUUUUUGAAGCAAUGAUUCAUGUAAAAAUUAAUUAUAAAACAAUCACUUAAUGGUAAUUCUAUCAAUUCCAACAGAUGGUUAGUGGGUGGGUUCAGCACCUUGAAUACUGAUAUUGGAGGCAAUACCAUUGCACUGACCCCCAAGAAGUAAUGCUUGUUCAGUCAGCAACCUCUUUUCCAGUGAGGUUUAGAAUUAGUACCAGGAUCCUUUUCAUUUCAUGCUUACAGACAGCCAGCAAGUAGACCCUGAAAAGCUGAUGCAACUUGGGUUACUCACAGCUGAUUGGUUAUCUUAGGAGUGACAUGGUCCUGUGGACAACCCACAGGCCUCUGUUUAGCUAGAGCUGGCAUCCUGUAAACUCGCUGAAAGUGCAGCUAAACUUCCAAUUUCUACAAGUAUUGCAGCUUCCAUGCAGUUGAGUAAAGGGGCACCCAACAACCAGGGCGAAAGGGCAAUCCACAAAUUGUCUCUCUGGAUGGCAGUUUACAGCUAAUGUUUUAACUCUGUCUUAGCACAGUGGAGGAGGCAAAUAAAGAGCAGCAGCAAAAAUAUCACAUCCAGGAAAGAUUCUGAAAAGUCAGGUUGUUGUUGUGGUGGGGGGGGGCGGAGGAGGUGGAUUUUCAAUGUACAGCAAGUACAAAGAGCUUGAUUUAUAAUAUGGUGGUAGGAGGGACGUUCAAUUAACAGCAAGUCCUGAAUAUUGCUUCCAUUUUUUUUUAAAGCCUUGGUCUUUUUUAGAACACUAAUCUCUCCUCACUAUAGACACUUAUAGACAGGGGCUCCCUUCCCCUCCUCCCACUAUCCCCAAAUUUUAUCUAAUUAUUAAGGUUAGUGCUGGUCUCACAUCUGAAGUUCUACGCAAAUGAAGCCUUAAAUUUUGAUUUAUUAAAUGUAUAUUUUGAAUUGAAAAGGGGACAGUUCCAAGACACAGGUCUGUGUUGUUAAUGAUUUGUACAUGCUAUAUCUUUAAGCCUUUGAGGUACUGGAGUGAUUUUUGAAUUUCACACAGUUAAGUAUAGAAUAUUUGUUGGAGAACGAGUUCCUGAUUGUGGUGCUCUCCCAUAUUGGAUUCCAACCAGUUUUUGAGUCCUACUCCAAUGUUAUUGCAUUAACUCCUCUGCCCUAGUCACCAAUUCAUACUUUUCACUUGUUCAAAAUAUUAUUGAAUAUAAUGCCUUUGACGAACCUUGUACAAAGAUCACGGCUACUACAGGGUUUGUAUGACCUUUCCUUCAAGUUCACUGGAUAAAACCAGUGAACUUGUGUGUGGUUUUGCAGUUGACAUGCUGAAAUGAGACAUGUUUAGGAAUCAGUGUUCCCCUUCAGUUUCACUGGUUUUGCAGUGAAACACUCUACUUGUCUAUUUCCAUUUACCACCUCCCCUUUUUUUAAAUCUAUCAACUUCUCCCAGAUAUGCCUGAUGCUUUUUUUCUAGCCAAUAUCAAUGCAGUUCAUUGUGUUCUUCUGACCUGUCCCUGAGUUAGAAGACUGUGGAGUUGCUCGCUAGUCCAUGCAGGGCAGCCACAUGGUUGAUGAUCUAUUUAGGCGUUCCAUGUGACAUGAAAAGUCCCACGGUGCAAUCCAUCUUUGCACAUUUUGUGGGAUUACAAAUUGAAUUAAUGCCUCCACGCAUUUUGUAUUUCAAAGUAACUUAUUCCUUGUCAGGAAUCUGAAACUUGCAAUAAGGCACAAUAUAAAUAUACAGUAUCCCCCUUUGAUUGUGUGCAACACAAUGAGUAGAAACCUCUAUCUCUUCCUUCCUCUGUUAUGCACGUGCAGUGGUAAAGCACUACCUGCAUGAUCUUACUGAAUGGCACUGCCAUACUCCAUAGCCUGAGCUCCAGGGAAAUGGGCUCAGUGGGUGAUGAAACUGUCAGUUGGCAGAGUGACUGCAGUUCCUCAUCCAACACAAUGCAGUUACUUGGAGUUCAAAAACAAUAGUGCUGGCGAGACACUAUUGGCAGAUUGGGGAUUUAAAGAACUAAGCCUACCUUUUGGGCACUGGCUGACUUUUCUAACUGCCGCACGGUCCAUUCUGUUUCACAGAUCCACAUUUAUUUCUAUCUCUCACAAUGCCAGAGUUUCAAUGAAAUUUCUUUCUGAUUUAUUUAAUUUUCCAGGAUUUUGAGUAGUGAGCUUGUUCUGCUGCCUUGCUACCUGUUGCCAAGUUUGUUCACAGUAUUACAAUACCAGUCCCUCUUGGGUCUGAAAAAAUACUUAAGAAUUUAAGAAUUUGAAUUUUUUUGAACCUUCCACAGUUUAAAUAAAACUAUUUUUUGAGAACAGUAUAUUAUAGAUGUCAGAUUAAAGCGUUUACAUUGUGUAAUAUUUUUGAGUGAACCUGUAUAGGUAAGGAAUUGAUCAUGAAGUUGUAAAUAUUGAGGAAGACAAGCUAGGAAGAUUGUAGAAUUACCAAAUAUUUAAUGAUUAUGUAUAAAUAUAACUACUUGCUUGUGUUUUUAUUUCCUGGCUUAUAACAAUUGAAUUGUUCAAACAUUCUUUGUGGUACUGAGCAGGAAGUGACCAUUCAGCUCCUCACACCUGGAUCAUGACUUGAAUCAUCAUUUACCUGUUUGGAUUCCAUAGCCCACAAUGCCCUUUCCCAACAAAGGAUAAUGGGUGUCAGGAUUGAACGUUUAAAUUGUCCCUUAACCACAGUAGCAGUCUUGAUGGAGAGAGUUCUAGAUUUCCUCUGAACUCAGUUACCUCAGAUGUGGUCUAAGUAGUGUUUCAUACAACUUCCAAUGUUCUGUGUAAAGAAGAGUUUCCUGACAUCUUUGAUGAACAGGCUGACUCUAUUUUGAGAUUGUUUAGGUUUAUGAGCUCCAGCUUCCAUCCCACCUCUGCAACAAAAAUAGAUUCUUUGUAAUCCUUUUAGUUCCUUUAUUCCUCCUAAAGCUUCUCAAUCAGAUCAUCUCCUAAUCCUCUGAGCCGAAAUGAGUACAAGCCUAGUUUUUGCAGUCUGUUAGCAUAAAUCUUUUGGCCCCAGUGUUGUUCUGGUGAAUUUUCUCCAAUGCCAAUCUUCUUCCAGAAAUCCAAUUACUCCAGAUGGGUUAUUAGAUUAAUUAUGUAGAGCCUUUUAUAUUUCAGGCCUGAAGUGAAAGUCUGAUACUUGAUCAGUCCAUGUAUAUUGGUGUUUAACAGUUUCUUUCUCUCCCACCCCCACCUGCUACUGGUACAAGAUGCAUCAUCUGUUGCUUAUCUGUGAUGGAUCAGCCAAAUAGGUUUCAGUAUAGGGAUAUCCUAUACAACACUCCCCACACUUUCCAUUAAGGACUGAGAAUGUCUUGAGGGAAGUAUAGGCAGUAUGGGAUCUUACUGGACAAAGAGAACCCUAUGUGAGCAUCAACCAUUGAUCUUUUGCUCCCUCCACUGUUGUCAUCUGCUUACACAUAUGAAAGGCGGACAGGGAUGUGUUACUACGGUUUUGUACAGGUAUUAAAAUCAGACCAAAUGAUUACCUUGAACAGAGUAUGAAUUGAAUGGGAAUUGUUAGCUAAAACUGCACUUUAUUUUACUGGGGGUUAAUCUAAAUCCUGCCAAUGCCACUCUGUGCUUGAAAGAUACUGUGCUCUCAAGAGACUUGUGUGUGCAAUAAAUCUGGUAACAUGAUGUCCUUUGAUCAGACCGCUCUCUAUCAGGGAGUAGUUAAUACUAUUGAUUUUGUUGAUAAGGUUUGUACUUGAUUUGUGAUUUUUUUUUUUGUUGUUUUGAAAUUCAGUAAAUGGUGACUAGAAGUUAAAUGCAACCAAGAUGGGUUUUGCCAUGAGCUUCCAUUGUCUAUAGAAUGCUUGCAAACCAGAAUCUUACAAGCACUGGUAAAACUGGUGUAUUGAUAUAAUUGAAGAAUCAUGUUGAGAGGAUGAAGGAGCUUUUGGAAGACUAAAACAACAAUUUACGUGCUAUUAUGUUGAUGCCAGCACAGUAGUACAGCUGGAGCUGUUAUCUCUCAGUGACAGUAACCCAAGUUCAAUCCUGAUCUACAGUGUGGAGUUCACCUGUUGUAACCUUGAGUUUCCUCUCAUGUCCCAAAGUUAUGUGAGCCAAAUAGCGUAUGAAAAACACAUGCACAUAAAUCUCAAGAUCAUUCAAAUAAAAUUUUAUGUAGGCCACAAAGAAUAUCAAGAAAUGUAACUACAUGGUUAAAGAUGUAGGUUUAUAGGAAGAACUGAGAGGUAAAGAUAGAGAAAAUUUUACUGUAGAAAUUCUAACGUCAUCAUGUCUUGAGGAUUGACAAAGGCAGGACAUUAGAGGUUGUCUACAUGAGCUUUAUCAAGGCUUUUGACAAGGUACUGGAUGGUAGGCUUCUAUGGAAAGUUAGAACACAAUCUAGGUUGAGCUGUAAAAUGGGAUACAAAAUUGGCUUGGUAAUGAGGGCUUGGUAGUAGAGGGUAUACUAUAAGAUUGGUAUUGGGUCCUUUGUUGUUUGUCAUGAUUUGGAUGAGACUGCAGAUUCUAUGAGUGACGUGAUUGCAGGUAACACCAAAAUUGCUAAUAUAGUGGAUAGUCAAAAAGUUAUGUCAAGUUGCAUCAGGAAAUAGUCAAGUCAAUUGAGAAAGUGGGCAAGGGAAUGGCAGAUGGAAUUGAAGAGGCAAGUGCCAAGUAAGGCAGUUUGGGAAGGUAAGCCAGGGCAGGACAUGCACAGUGAAUGGCAGCAUCCUGCAGAAUGCUGUUGAACAGAAACAUUAGGAUACAAGUACAUAAUUCCUUGAAAGUGGCAACAUUUCGGGUGACUAAGAAAGCAUGUGGUAUGCUUGGCUUCAUCUGUUGAAGCAACAAGCAUAAGUCUUGGGAUGUCAUGUUGUACAAAACAUUGGAUAGGCUGUAUUUGGAGUAGGAAGUAUGUGAUUAUGCCCAAGAAGGUGCAGAAAAGGCAAGAAUGUUGCCUGGAUUAGAGAGCUUGAAGGACAAGGAAAGAUUGGAUAGGCUUGGUUUGUUUUCCUAAAAUGGAGGCUGAGGGAUGAUAUUUAAAAAUUUCCCUUGGCCAUGCUGUCUAAAACUAGAGGGCAUAGGUUUAAGGUGAGAGGAAGGAGAUUUAAAAUAGGUGAGUGGUAAUUUUUUUUCCCACAAAAUAUUGGUAUCUGGAACAUGCUGCCAGAGGUGGUGGUGAAAGCAGAAACCGGAACAACAUUUAAAGACAUCUGGAUAAGUACUUGAAUAAGUAGGGCAUGGAAUUAAUUCAGGCAAGUAGUAUUAGUGUAAAGAGCCACAAUGGUCGGCUGAAGGUUCAUACAACUCUGUCCUUGAGGCUUAGGGGCUGAACAGAUGAUGUCGGUUAAGCAGUGAAAGUUGAGACUCUGCAAUUGGCCAGUGAGGAACCUGAGAAUUGUGAAGGUGGAAUCUGGUGAUGGGCAGGAUCAAAGCUGCUUGGGCAUUUGAAAGCAAAGACUUAGUUUUAAAAAUGUUGCCAGACAAGAAAUCAAUCUUAAGUCUAGUAAUCAUGUGGUUACAGAGUAAAUGGGGUGGUAUAUCUGUUGAAGAAAUAUUAGAUUAUUAAACAAGUAGACAAAAGGGGAAGUGGAGGAGUAUGCAUAUAGACUUCAUACUAUUUACAAAUUGUUUUUCAGUCGUAACAAAAAGUCAUGUCUGAGUA